AUGACAGUGGAAGAUUGUCGGGUUGAGCUUGAUGAAGACAAGUACGAUGUAUUAAAGAGAUAUCGCACCGGAGUUGAAAGCUCCCUCACAAAAGCCGACUUACUGAAAUCAACGGACUUGCGUGUCCUGCAAGCCUUUGUCAUAUACAUCUCUUGCAGCAGGCAUUAUGAUAAAGGUCCAGACAUUAGGAAGUUUAUUGGGAAUGCCAUUGGAAUUGCCCUCAAGAUCGGCCUGCAUCGCGACGCAUCUGCUUCAGGACUACCACCAUCCCAAGUUGAAAUGCGGCGUCGACUCUGGUGGCAGAUCUACAUUCUCGACAUCAAUAUCGCAGAGGACUGUGGCACAGAUCCGCGUAUUCUGGAGUCAUGGUUCGACACGAGAGUCCCCUCGAAUGUGAGCGACGCAAGUCUUGACCCUGAUAUGAAGGACCCGCCUCGAAAAUGCAGCGGGAAAACAGAAAUGGUGUUGAGCCUCACAAGGUCUGAGAUCAGCAAUUUUGCCCGCCGAACUAUCUUCUCUGACCAGUUUUGCGAAGAGAACUGCUACCCGGUUCUAUCAGCUUCGCAGAAAUCCACAGCGAUAGAUAUCCUCAAGGAGAAAGUCGAGCAGCAAUAUUUAUCGCAUCUAGAUCAAAGCACUGCGCUAGACUAUUUUACAACUGUCUCCAGCAAUCUGAUACUCGCAAAGCUCAAACUGGCAGUGAUCAAACCCCGAGCGAGACAAGACCAGUCUAUGCUCACGCAUGUGAGCUUCCGAAAGGUCUGCACAGAUAUUCUGCAGAAAAGUGCGGCUUUGAAACGCUAUGAAAAGGGCAAGCAGUGGCUCUGGACUUUCCAAAACCACAUCGAGUGGGAUGCCUUGACAUGCCUGCUCAUCAACCUUUCUCUGACCCCGAAAGGGGACGUAUUAGAUUUGGCAUGGCAAGCGGUCAAUGAGACAUACGAUUACUUGAAGAUGGAUGGUGAUGCCCGGGGUGAUUACCGCUGGGGAAUCAUUGAGGAGCUCCGCACGCAGGCUCUAUUUUCUCGGGAUAUGAUACAGAUCAAUCCAUCCAAAUGGGGGGAUGAUGACAGCGGCUUCGAAGAAUCACACACCCUGGUUAUAGAAUCACCACAACGGCUUGGUCUGGGGACAUUAAAACGCCAGAGAGAAAACGAUAUUUGUUCUUCUUGUUCUUGCCCGGGCGAGCUGGAACCCAUACCGCCGAACUGUCGUUCUGAGGUGUCGGCCAUGCAAUCAGACACCCAAGAACAACUUCCCCGUAUGUGGGCGUUGGCGAAUGCUGCCGCGGCUGCCCCGACAGCUAUCGAUAGUUCACCUCACAUGGGACCGGCCAGUGAACUUGCAGACAUACCGAGCUCAGGCACUGGUUGUCAGUGGAGCGCGACUCUCUUCGAGCGAUAUUUCCAGGUCCUGGGCUCUGAGCAAACACCAGCGUUGUGA